AUGAUUGAAAAAAACAAAUACAAAAAGCUAAAAGAUGCUGAUUCAGCUGACGUUCCUCGCUUGGGCACUCUUGCAACGUUUGACGGUGAACUGCCACGGUACAAUGAAAUCUUGAAUUCUCAUCUAGACGACUUGGAAAAAGGUCAUGCACCCCCGUACUCAGAAAGCAGACACCAAGAAGCGUCUACCAACAUGACAGGAGGAAAUGGACUCUUUAUUUUUUUACGAAAAGUCUUGACGGCAUUAUUGUGGUUGAUUUUCUGGCCGGCAAAAAUUGUGAGAAUCCCCGAAGCACAUCGAAGACAAGAGAAUGAAGCUCUUCGGCUUGGUUGGUGCUUUAUUGGUUCAAUCGUAUUGGACUUUUGGUUUUCUUACAAAUACCUUGUCCCCUUUAUAAAGGAAUCGAUGAAAGAAUCUGUAUGGACAUGGUUUCAAGCUACUGUGGCAGCUGUUCUUGUCGUCAUGGCUUUCUAUAUGUUCUUAUUUGUUUUUUUCACUGUUGGUGGAUUCAAUCGUUAUAUUGAUUCCUCUAGUUUUUUCUGUGAUUACUAG